GUGUUCACUUAGCAUGGACUUCUGGGAGGGGCCAAGGAAGGGCGGGCUGCAGUUUUAUUGAAUAGAGCAGUGUGCAUUAGGCUGCCUGCCUGCCUGCUUGCUCGCUUGCUGUGCAGCUUUAAAGAAUCCGCGUUUCCUUUCCGAAGGCGUCCUCCUCCUCCUGGGGACGAAUUCGCAGCCUGAGAGAUAAUCAAUAAAACACUUCAAGAUCAUCCAAGCCAUUCCCACAGAGUUUGGUGAUCAAAGACUCAGACGUGUGGACCUCUAACUGCUUACCUAUCCUAACGGUUAUCUGGACUUCCUAAACCUAAAACCUCGCUAUGGAUGAUUUUGAACGUCGCAGAGAACUCAGGAGACAAAAGAGGGAGGAAAUACGGCUAGAAGCAGAGAGAAUUGCCUAUCAGAGGAAUGAUGAUGAUGAGGAAGAGGCUGCCCGGGAGCGGCGCCGCAGAGCCCGACAAGAAAGGCUGCGGCAGAAGCAAGAGGAAGAAUCCUUGGGACAGGUGACCGACCAAGUGGAGGCCCAUGCCCAGAAUAGUGUCCCUGAUGAAGAGUCGAAGCCAGCCACCACGAAUACUCAGAUGGAAGGUGAUGAAGAGGCUGCGUUACUGGAGCGCCUCGCUAGACGAGAGGAGAGACGCCAAAAACGCCUCCAGGAAGCCCUGGAGCGCCAGAAGGAGUUUGACCCAACAAUAACAGAUGCCAGCCUGUCACUGCCAAGCAGAAGAAUGCAAAAUGACAGGGCAGAAAACGAGACUGCGGAGAAGGAAGAAAAAAGCGAGCGUCGUCAAGAACGAUAUGAGAUAGAGGAAACAGAAAUAAUCUCAAAGUCCUACCAGAAGAAUGACUGGCAGGAUGCUGAAGACAAAAAGAAAGAAGAAAAGCAGGAAGAGGAAGAAGAGAAGCCAAAGCAAGGGAGACUUGGCGAAAAUCAGGUAGAGGAGAUGGUAGCAGAGAAAACGCCCGAAACCCACGAGGAGGCCAUGGUAACGGCGCUGGAAAAUGGGCAAGUCAGUGCAGAAGAGCCCAAAGCAGAGGAGGACAGGGAACAGGACACAGAGGAGAUAGCCCAUCGCAAAAAGAUGGAAGAGGAAGAAAGGGAGAGAGCUGAGGCAGAGAGGCUGAGGUUGGAGGCGGAAGAAAGAGAAAGGGUCAAAGCUGAGCAAGACAGGAAGCUCGCAGAGGAGCAGGCGAGAGUGGAAGCAGAGCAGAAAGCGGCUGCCCAAGAAAGGGAGCGGAGGGAGGCGGAGGAGAGGGCGAGGGUCCAGGAGGAGGAGAGAAGGGCUGCGGCGGAGGAGAGGGCGAGGGUCCAGGAGGAGGAGAGAAGGGCUGCGGCGGAGGAGAGGGCGAGGGUCCAGGAGGAGGAGAGAAGGGCUGCGGCGGAGGAGAGGGCGAGGGUCCAGGAGGAGGAGAGAAGGGCUGCGGAGGAGGAGAGGGCUAGGCUAGCAGAGCGAGAACGGAAGAAGCAGCUAGAGGAGAAAAGGAGCGACACACAGGCCACGAAGGGAAAGGGGGAGAGGGGAGAGGAGAAAACGGAAAGGAAAGGGGUCAAUGAAAAGAAAGCGCAAGAAGACAAACAGCAGAGAGCUGUCCUAAAGACGCAGGAAGAAGAAAAGGGAGCUAAAGGGCAAGUUCAAAGACUAAAGUCCCAAGAAGACAAGCCUGCCUUCAAAAAAGAAGAGAUCAAAGAUGAGAAGAUGGAAAAAGACAAAGAGCCCCAAGAAGAAGUUAAGAGCUUCUUGGAUCGAAAGAAAGGAUUUACAGAAGUGAAGUCACAGAAUGGAGAAUUUAUGACCCAUAAACUUAAACAUGCAGAGAAUACUUUCAGCCGCCCAGGAGGCCGGACCAGCACGGACAAGGAGGCUGAGGGUGCUCCACAGGUGGAAGCGGGCAAGCGGCUGGAGGAGCUGCGCAGGCGCCGUGGGGAGACUGAGAGCGAAGAGUUUGAAAAACUCAAACAAAAGCAGCAGGAAGCAGCCUUGGAGCUGGAAGAACUGAAGAAAAAGCGGGAAGAGCGAAGGAAGGUUCUGGAAGAGGAGGAGCAGAGGAGGAAGCAGGAAGAGGCGGAGCGCAAAGCUAGAGAGGAGGAAGAGAAGAGGCGGCUAAAGGAAGAGAUUGAAAGGCGAAGGGCAGAAGCUGCUGAGAAACGGCAGAAGAUGCCAGAAGAUGGCUUGUCCGAUGACAAGAAGCCAUUCAAGUGUUUCACCCCUAAAGGGUCGUCUCUCAAGAUAGAAGAGCGAGCAGAAUUUUUGAAUAAGUCUGUGCAGAAAAGCAGUGGUGUCAAAUCAACUCAUCAAGCAGCAGUAGUCUCCAAGAUCGACAGCCGACUGGAGCAAUACACCAGUGCAAUUGAGGGAACAAAAGCUGCCAAACCUACCAAGCCCGCAGCCUCAGAUCUUCCUGUUCCUGCUGAAGGCGUCCGCAACAUCAAGAGCAUGUGGGAGAAAGGGAAUGUGUUCUCGUCCCCCUCUGCAUCGGGAACACCAAAUAAGGAAACUGCUGGCCUGAAGGUGGGGGUUUCCAGCCGCAUCAAUGAAUGGCUAACUAAAACACCAGAUGGGAACAAGUCACCUGCUCCCAAGCCUUCUGACUUGAGGCCAGGAGAUGUAUCUGGCAAGAGGAACCUCUGGGAAAAGCAAUCUGUGGAUAAGGUCACUUCCCCUACUAAGCAGGUUUGAAACCAUCCAAGAAAGAACCCAAGCACAAGAUGUCUUGCUGGACCAGUUCGGUUGUAGAGGGCUAAUGGCUCUGUUUUAUAUUUAUAUUGAUUUACUAAAUUGGGUUCAUUUUCCUUUUUUAUUUUGCAAUAUCCCAGUAAACCCAUGUGUAUGCUCACUAUAUUUAAUAAUCACAACUAGAGAUGUUCAUGGUCAAGUACUGCCUUUGCACAGGAGCCUGUAUCUAAAGAAACCCAUGCUGUGAAAUAGACUUUCUACUCUCAUCGUCUGAAUAGUGACACCAACCACAUUGGAAGUCAACCAAAGGAAAUUCAAGGUUAAGAUUGCCUGAGGAAUGUGUGCAGUAUCUAGAAAAAAAAAUAACCAUAGGUUUUGUUUUGUUUUGUUUUAAUACAAAAGUCAUUUUUCUGCACUUUAGACAAAAGCAUGGAAGAGAUUUUAUAAGUAGGCAAUUGUAACUGUGUCUGAAAGUAACCCAUUUCAGAUUAGAUACAGGGCAAUAAUGAUUGUCUUUUUUUAAAAAAAGAAAAAGGUGUACUAUUGAGAUAUUACUUUUUGUGUGCUGAUUCAUAUCUAAAUUGAAUGAUUAUUUUAGCUGACAGUGGUACUGAUUUUUUUUUUGUUAGGUUGGUUGCUUUGUGGAUUUCUUUGGUAGUGACAGUCGCCUAACCCACAUUUAGAUAACCCAACUGUGUAUGUAAUGUGCAUACAUGUAGACAGACACACUAAUGGUAGAAUGCUUUGUCAUGUGUUAGAUUAUAUUUAGUAGUAUGUCCUUGUAACUAGCCAAUAUCACAGCUUUUUAAAGAUUAAAAUCACAUAUUAAUAUUUCAUAUUUGCCAGUAGAAAUAUGAAGGUUAGGUUUAGAUAUGUUUUCAAUGCCCAAUGACCUGUAAGAAAAAUGUACUGAAAAAAAGAGAAAUUAGAAGUGUCAAAAUUUAGUUGAAUUUUCUUAUAAGACAUAGUAUUUAGUUUAUAAUUGAAGGCAAUCUUGAAGUCCAGUGUGAAUUUUAUUAAGUCUACCAUCUGGAUCAAGCUCACCUGCUUAUCUCUAAUAAUGAAGUUCCCAAAAAGUUGACCUACAUAUCUAAGGUCUCUCCUUUCUCUACAAUUUAAAGUCAAGAAUAUUGCACAGAUUAGAAUUCCAUGUAGAAGCCUAAACAAAGACCAAUUUGGGCUUGUGUCAAGAAGCAGAUAAGUGAGUAAAAUCCAGUACUGAGGAGGCAUGGCAAUGCUUCCAUUUUUAUAUACUCAGACUUUUUUAAUUAAAAUUUUCUGUCUUUAUUAGUCAUUUGGUACUGUCAUAAGUUGAUAAUAUGCUGAAAUUUCAACAAAUACUAGUUUUACUUUUUUUCCUAAGAGUCUUUAGUGACUCUCCUUUCAGAUAUCAGAUCCUAUUUUAGCUUGUAAGUUUUCAUUCUUCUGAAUAGAUAAUGAGAAAAAAAAAUACCCCAGUGUCUCUGCAAGAUGUUCUGAUAGAGAAUAUACAUACAUUGUCAUUAUGUAAACAUACCUCAGCUGACGUAACCAAAAGUAUGUUAUUCUUCAUUUCUUUCACCCCAAAAGAGCCUCCUUAAUAACUAUUUCUAAUCUAUAUAUUUCCCUGUAAGAGGGAAGGCUGGCUUAAGGGGUAACCACUGCCUUGAAAAGACUACUUCCCUCAUGAAUUAGUAAAAGUUAGUUGAAUCCCCUACCUUUUAGCACACUUUGGCCAAAGGAAGGAAAGACACUAAGACUACACAAGUCACCCACCCAUGACAGAGUAGACAUUAGUCUAUGGUAAGAUAAAAUAGAUUGCACAUGGCACACCCAUGUACAUGACUUCCAUCAUUGGAGUGAAAUGGAUCAAAGUUUGAUUUAAGGCUGAUGGUGAGGGACACUGCUUUGUGAAACAUUUGAACAAGAGCUUCACCUGAUUGCUUUUAUGUAGGUUUUGAUUUUUUAGAAAGUUCAAAGUUGAGAAGAGAAUGUCAUGAUCCUGACUUUUAUUCCAAUAUUUGGAUGACAUAAGUUUUAGGGUAGAGUUUUUUUGAGUUUUGAUUUCAUCUUUGAUAAAGCAAAUUCCUCAUUUACUUGUUUGAUUACAAUUCUCCGUUAUCUUUAAGAGAUAAAACUGCAAGCUGACUAGCAUGUUCUGUGAAUCUGCAAUUCUUAAAGACUGUUAUGGACACGAUAUUUUUCACUGAUAAUUGAUUGCUACAAUAAAAAUAUAUUGUGAAAAUGCAUCCACAAUAAAUGGAAUUCUUCCAAAUGUC